AUGGGCAAUGCUAUCAGUGCCUUAAUCGCUCCCAAUGAAGCAGCUGACGAGAAUGAGAGGAAGAAGAAGGAACAACUGGAGCUAAUGAUGAAGCUCGCAGAUGCACGACUGGACACAUUCCAAGGGGAGCUGGAGAAAAUGUUCCUGGACCGUGAGUCGGCGAUGAAGACUAGUGUGCCAGGAAGGAGGGCAUUGAGAUUUGAGCGUCAUGUCGCUGUUGAUGCUGAAAGCACUCCCGGAAAAGGCGUUGAGGAUGCCGUCGACUCCUUCUUCGGCGCUUCUGAUACAGGGACCAAGGGCGUCCUCGACGGUUUCAAAUCCGUGGUCAAGACAGGCCUUUCUGCGAUUCUCGGCGACUCCUCAGCUGGCGAAAGCUAUGACAAGAAGUUCUUCGUUUGUAUGAAGCAGUAUGAUGAGCUCCUUCGACCUCUGUUACAAAGCCAACAAAUGCUGAUCAAUGUUAUCUAG